AUGGCUUCGCAACCCGAGCCUUACACGAUUUCGGUUCCAGACUCAGCGAUUGAGAAGCUGAAAAGAAAGCUAUCAGACGCGGACUUCCCUGAUGAACUAAACACACCUGAUCAGUGGCCAUACGGUUCACCACUAUCUGACGUCAAGCGUCUAGCGAAGCACUGGGAAACCAGCUUCGACUGGCGAAGAGCUGAAUCCAAGAUCAACGAGUUGCCAAAUUUCCGGAAGAAAGUACAGGUUGAUGGUUUCGGUCAAAUCGACAUACACUUCGUACACAAGAGAAGUUCCAACCCAAACGCGGUGCCACUGUUAUUCAGUCACGGAUGGCCAGGCUCUUUCCUCGAGGUCACGAAGUUGCUCCCACUCCUCGAAAACGGUGAGAAAGAGGGCAAGCCAGCAUUUCACAUCGUGGCACCGUCGCUACCGAACUUUGGGUUCAGCCAGAAGAUCCUCAAACCUGGUUUUGCAUUGUCGCAGUACGCGGAGACUUGCCACCGGUUAAUGCAAGACCUUGGAUACAAGAAGUAUGUCACCCAAGGCGGCGACUGGGGCUUCUACAUAACGAGAUCGAUGGGUAUCCUCUAUCCAGACAAUGUUCUUGCCAGUCACAUCAACAUGGUGCGCGCGCACGCGCCGACGUUUGCAUCGCAGCCUGCACUCGCUCUCCAGCACGCGGUCACCCCUUACACAGAAGCUGAAUCCAAAGGUCUGAAACGCUCUGAGUGGUUUCACAACGACGGCCAAGCAUAUCGCCAACUACAAGCUACCAAGCCACAAACGCUCUCAUAUGCCUUUGCCGAUAGUCCUGUCGCACUACUGGCAUGGAUCUACGAGAAACUCGUUGACUGGACUGAUGACUAUCAAUGGACUGACGAUGAAGUCCUCACUUGGGUUAGUAUCUACUGGUUCAGCACUGCAGGCCCCAAUGCACAUAUUAGGAUCUACUACGAAGCACAACAUAACCCCACGGAUCUGAUUCCGAAUCGAGAACGAACGAGUCAGUGGGUUGAUCGCGUGAAGCUGGGAGUCGCACACUUUCCUAAUGAGAUCACUGUUGUCCCAAGAUUGUGGGCGAAAACAUUGGGUCCUCUUGUCCAUGAAAGUGUCAGCGAUAAAGGUGGUCAUUUCGCCGCCCACGAGAGGCCGGAUGUAAUCGUUGCGGAUCUGCAGAAGAUGUUUGGGAAGGGCGGACCAUGCUACGAGAUAGUCCCAGGAAAGGCAGGUUAUUGA